AUGGCCAAAGAAGACGUGGCCGUGAAGCCGACCAAUGGGACGAAUGGAACGAAUGGAAAGAACGGCAUCGGGUUUGUCCUUCUUUCCUGUUUCAAAGAAAGUAUCGAAUAUUACUUUUUAAUGAAGCGCUGGAAGCGUUUCGAAGGUGCUGCCCUCAUUUGGUUUUGGAUUUACGCUAUCGAUUUUUCUUCCCUUUCCGUUCCCCGCAUUUGGCUUUUUGCUCUUCUGGGAGUUUUUUUCAUCGAAAUUUGUGGGAAAAAUGGCCUUUCAAAAAAAUAUUUAUUGUUUAAUCUUUAAAAAGUCAUUUAUAUGAUGAAAAUAUUGAACUAAAUUUUUUUAGGAAUCAGCUUUUUUCAAAAAAAUUUUUUUGUGAUUUUUGGGGUUUCGAGAAGAACAAAAUUAUUAAUUUUGAAAAAGAAUUCUGUUAUAUUUCAAAUCUUUUUUUCUCUUCGUAAUAAUUAGAAAAAAACAGAAUUUUUUUAAAAAAAUUUUUUUGAAAUGUUUAUUUUUUUGAAAAGAAUCAUAUUUUUAGAUGACAUGCUCAUCGAGCUCAAUCAAUUAACACUUUAUAAAUCUUAGAAAUUUUUUUAAGAACUUCAGGAUUUCAAAGAUUUCCUGAUUACGAUUUGGGAGUUGCAGUCAUUUUUUUAGCAAGAAGAAAUUUUUUUGAAUUUUUCAGAAAUCUGUUCUAGUUUGUCCGUAAAAUUCAAAAGAACAAUUCAAAAUUUAUAAAUUGGCUAUGAAUUCUUAAUAAAUGCUAUUAGUACUCUUUUUUUCGUUGACUAUAUUUGGAUUUUUUUCAAGAAUAAUCACUUUAAUUGAAAAAUUAAUGGUUUUUAUUGUAACUUUUUUUACGAAAAAAAUCGCGGUUUUACUUUUUCUAAAAUUAAAAAAAAGUUUUUGAAAUCAAUUUUUUUAUUUCUAGUUUUUUUCUUAAUGCUAUAAGAACUUCAAUUUUACCCAAAUAUUAUAAUUAUUUGUAAAAAAAAUUUUUUUAAAUCUUUCUUGACAAUUUUUUUAUAAAUUUCAGUUCCCGAUUCCACUUUUUCUUGUGAUAGCUCAAAAAGUUAGAAAAGGGAAAUAUAUUUGAAAAAGAAAAAAAUUAAAAAAAUUUUAUUGACCUAUAGACAGAUUGAAGGGGAGAUGAUGAGUGGAACAGAAAAAAUUAACGAGAUGAUUGAAAAAAGAUAAGGAAAAAAUGGGCGGAGAAUGAUCAAAAAGAAGAGCAUUGGGAACGAUAUUUUGCGGGCGACCGAGGGGCGUCGUGUCGGCGACAGGUUGACCGUUUACCUGUCCCUUGGUUUUUAUCGGUGCCGUCAUAUCUUCUGCUGUUUUUUUGUCAUCUUCUGACCUCCUUGUACUGAUUUUCUGUUGGUUCAAUGGUUUCUCUACGUGGAUUUUGUUAAGAAAAUAAGUUCCAAAACGGGUUUUAUUUUGUUUAGAACAACUUUUCCGAAUUCUUAGAAAAAAUAUGGCUUGAUUUGGUCAAGAUUUUUUGAUAUAUUUUGCCUCUUCCAAAUUUUUAUUAGUAUUUUCUUGCAAAAUGUAGGUUCUGAUAGUUGGAAGAGUGUCUUAAUUAUUUUUUUCAUAAAAAAAUCGGAAAAUGAGGUCGAAAGAUGUUUCAAACUUCUUUUUAUUUUAUUUUUUUCUUUCUAUUCUGUAAAAGGAAAAAAAGGCCCGGAAGUCAUGCAUAUCAUCUAGAAUUAGCUGAAAGAGAUCAAAUUUCUCGAAUUAAUUGGAAAAAUUUUGCAAAAGCAGGUGAAAAGUUCUCUAAGUUUGCAAAACAUGAUUGAAAAACUUGAGAUCAAAAAAAUAAUUUUAGCAGCUUUUUGAAUUGAAAUAAUGUAUUUGAAACCAUGAACUCUUCAAAAAUCAUUUUUCCAUUUUGAUAUCAAAUUCUAGGUUUUUUUUAACCCACCUGUAAAAUGAGGUGAACAGAAUGAAUUUCAAUGGAAAACAGAAUAAAAAAAGAUGACUUUUUCUCAGUAAAAAGUUUAUCAAAAAAAUUCCAGAAAAAAAUUAAUUAAAAGUCAUUGUUAUCAAAAAAACUUUUUGAACUGAAUCAUCCCUUUAACCAAAAAAAACUUGUAUUUCCUUGUUGCCAUGGAUAUUAGAAUUUUCUGCGAAUUCCACUAGUUUUGAUGAGUUUCUCUCGUUUUGCAGGCUUCCUUCAAAAAAAAGCAAAAUUUUUCCCGAGAACAACUAAUUUUCGAAGAAAAUCCUUUUUCUCCUUAUUAACGAAAAUGAGCUCGGCAAUUUAUUAUCCGUCUUAUUUCCUUCUGUUUUUCAAAACAAUUUUUUGUUCUUGCUUUGGCUUUUUGUUUUUUCGAUUCAAUCCUUUGUUACAAGAUUUGUGGGAAUAUCAGUUUUAUUGUUUUGUUCCGAUUUGUAGUGGGAAAAUGAGAUUAUACUACAUGGCUUGUUGUCUGGGAAGCUAUAAAAGCGAAGGGAACAUAAUUAAAAGGAAAUCAUGUGAAUUUGAAAAAUUUUAAUUUUUUUUUUGAUUUUUUCUUUCAAAAGCUUCAUCUUUUAAAUAAUUUUUUCCUAAUUUCGGUUUUUGAAAAUUUUCCUGAACUGAAAUUAGAAGCCCUAUAGACAUCUACGAUGUUUGUUCGAACUCAGUCAAGUUAUUUUCUCUAAAAUGUCUAAAAUCUAUACUUGGAAAGUUUUUAAGCCACUUCAAAAGUUCAAAAAAGAUCCCUUUUGUUUCCUUUUGAUUCCUUUUGUUAUCAUAGCUUAUCACUAGCUUUAGUUCAUUUCAAAGUAGCUUUAAAGCGUUUUUCCUAUUUUCCAGAGUAGUUUGAAAAGGAAAGAACGAUCUUUUCUGGACCUCAACUUCUUUUGACCCUUCAAUCUACUUAGAAGUAUCAAAUUUCGGAACAUUGACGCCUUUUAAGAGUAUUUGUCAAUACACUACAGAUCGAAGACAACACAAAGAUUUUUUCAAGUGUAUCGAAAACGGAAAAUACGAUAGAGAAGUUUUUAUUGUUUGAAAAGACGCUUUUCGCUGGUUUAAUGGCUCAGCUCUUGUACUAUUUUUCGUUCAGGGUUUUUUACACUACUUGGUUUUUUUUUUUUGCAAAAAUUGGAGAAUUUACUUCUUUGUUACAAAAGUGGGAAAAUAGAUAUUAAAAAAAGUUGUAGCUCAAUUUUUUUCCGAAAAAGUUUAAAAUACGACUAAAAAAAACAUUUAAGAGGUUAUUUUUGUGAUAUAUAUUUUUUUCAGUUUAGAUUCUCGGGGUGUAAGAAAUGCGUUAAUAAAUUUUUUUUUGUAGUUUCUUCAAAAACUUUUAGAUUUUUUCAAAAUCUCAUAUUAAAGAUAGCACUCAAAUUGAAUAAAAAACCUUACAAUUCUUAAAUUCUCCGAAAACUUUCAAACAUCUACGUCCAAAAAAAGUCCUCGAUGUUCUUUACACCCAAAGUCAUGUUUGCAGCCAAAUUUUAUGCGUUGCGCAUGUUUUAUGCAAAAAUUGACGCAAAACGAUGCUGGCGUGUUGGGAAUAUCUCAAAAAGAUGCAACGUAGAAGGCGAAAAAGUGGGAUUUCCUCGGAUUAGACCACCAUUUUCCAGGUGCUUCUCAGCUUCUUAAUCUUCAAUAUUCGUUUUUUCAUUUUCAGAACUUUUUUGGCGCUAUUAUCCGUCGUUCAAAUCUUAUAUCCUUGUAAUAUUUUUGUCAUGGUUUUUUGUAUUUUAGUAUCAUGAUACGGAUAAAAGCAAAAUUAUUUUCUGAUUGGAAAUAUAAUCUGAGAUUGGUUCGGCUUCACGUGACGAAAAAGCUCUAAUACCUUCGCUCCAGGAAGGCUUACGAGAAUCCUUUCAAUUCCGGAAAUCAUUCACAUUUCAGUUUUGAGGCUCCUUUUUGUUGGUUGGAAAGAAAAAUCUGAAGUUUUAGUUUAUUUUUUGGUUGAGUUUGAACUAUCAGGUCGUUCAAAUUAAUUUUUGAAAUGUAAGAAAAAUUUUGAAAUCGAAAAAGUUGAAGUUCUUGGUUUUUUGUAAGAAAUCCUCUUCAAUUUUCAUCCAACUUCACAUAUUAUUUUAUUCCCCUGUAUCUGAAGCUUCGUUCACUGACUUUUUUUUUUUCAUUUUUCCUCUUUAUUCCUACUUUGUAACGUAUUUGAACAGAGAUGGAGGCGAUAAAUUAUGAAGCGACCAAGUUUCAAUUUUUUUAUUUUUUUGAAAAAUCGCCAAAAGCUUGCUUUGUCAAUUUUAUAAGAAGAAAAAUUCGUAUUUCGGAGAAAAAAAAUUAUAAGUUGAAAAUGAUUUGAAAAAAAUAAAUUUUGUGGAUUUUAAGAAUUAUUCAUGAUUAGCAAAUUUUUUGAUUCUAUCCAAAUGGGUUUUGAAAUGGCAGCUUUAUUUGAUAAAAAAAUGAUCUAAGAAUCAUUUUUGAAUUAAAAAAACUUACUUUUUUUAAAAAAAGUAAUAAGAGAAAAAUCAUUUGAAAAAAACAUUUUUGAACAUAAUCCAAAUUUUUAUUUUUGAUAGACUCCCUUAUUUUAAAAAUCUCUUUUAUUGAAUACUUCUCUAGAAAUCCUCGGAAAAAAAAUAUUAUUCAUUACUUUUCGAAUUUCAGAGAGAAACGCAAAAUGGCUCCCGUACCGGCCUGGGACAACGAUCCGGAGUUGGCCGACGGAGAAACGGCCCAGGAAAUGAUGGCCCAUAAAGGCGGUCUCACUUUCAAGUGCGUGGUUUUCCAGGAUCUUGAAGCUGAUAGGGAGCCUGAGAAUGAUUGGAACUGAGAGAAAACUAGGAAAUAUAGGAAAACCAGUAACUUUUUGGAAAAAUCGAAAGCGUGAAGAAAGUUUUCCGCGCUUGCAAAGGAAGAGAAAAUCAGGAAAGAAGAAGAAAAUUGCUCUUUUCGAAAAAUCAAGGGUCUUGAGAAAUUUUUGCCGCAUCUUCAAAUGAUGAGGGUUCGCUAAGAAAAAGAAAAAUCAAUAAAAACCGAAGGUCAUCAAAAUUCUAAUUGUCACGAUGAAAAAAAAGCAAUUUUUAGCAGUGACUUAAACAUUUUGAUUCAAAAUUCAAACCUACAGUUAAAAUUUUAGUGAUUUCAACGUAAUGCCGGGUUUUAUCAACUUCUCUGUCCACGACGUCAGUUUGGAAACAAAUAUCACGAGAAAUAUCAAAAUCAAGGUUCAGCUCCAAGAAAAAAAUUUUUAAAAAAAGUAAAUUUUAGGCCCCACUGGUCUCUUCUCCAAUGGACACGGUCACAGAAAGCGGCAUGGCUAUUGUGAUGGCGGUGAAUAAAAUGUUAUUUUCCUGAGAAAAAAGGACUUUUUCCAAGAAAGAAAGAAGGUUCUAGACUCGAAAAAAUGCAUCGUUGAAAAAAAAAAGCUAUAUUUUCUGGUUUUCAUAGAAUCAGGCUAUUGAAAAGAGCAGUUUCUUUUUUUGAGCCAUUCCAAGUGCGACCCAUUCCCGAUGAACUUGCCAGAAAUCCGUUGGUUUUCGGAGGAAUUUUUUUCACUUUUUCCACAAAUUUUUUUCUUUAAAAAAAAUAGCGAUUUCGAUAUAUAAUUUGAAGAGGAGAUCAAAUAAAAAAUUUUUGAGCUUUGGGUUUUUUUCAUUUUUCAUCAGGUUUAAAGUAGUACCUUAAAUAGAACUUUUCUCCUUCAUUCCCUCCUUUUUUGUCAAAUUUUCAUUUUCGUAAGUCCUCCAUUUUAAGCUCUAUGGAGGCAUCGGAAUCAUCCACGGUAACUUCCCAAAGCCGGAAGAUCAGGCCGCGGAAGUCCUGAAAGUCAAGGUGAUCACAUAAAAUCCAAGAUAAGAUCUCAGUUCAAAAAGUCGCUUUCCAGAGGUUCAAGCAAGGUUUCGUAAUGCAACCUCACUGCUUGAAGCCGUCGUCGACGGCCUACGACAUGAUUCAGAUCAAGAAAAUGUUCGGUUACACUGGAGCCCCGGUCACGGAAGAUGGCCGUGUCGGAUCCAAACUUAUCGGUGUGAAAAUAAAGAAGAAUAUUAGUGUUCCUAUUGGAAAUGUUGGUAGGAAUGGUGACUUCCCGCGAUUUUGACUUCAUCACGAUGGACGUUGCCGGCCAGAAGUCGACUCCCAUUGGCGAUGUGAGUGAUUGGAGUGAAUUGUGUGAUUUUCUGGGUGUAUGGAAAGUUGAACGACGGAGAAAUGAGAUAUGAAAAAAUGGCCGUUUUUGAAGAUCAAUCGCGCUCCAGCGAGAAAAAGAAUUUUCAUUAUUUUUUUAUUUUUUCUGUGAAAACUUUUAGUGGCCACUAUAGAGGUUCUCCAUUUGGUGGCCACUUCAGUAGUUUUUCAUCCAGUAUUCUUUCCAGUAACUCUGAUAACUUUAAAACAAACAGUUUGGACCAGUUAUGUUUAUCCAUUGACCCCUAAAGUGGCCACUAAAAUUUUUAGUGGUCUAGUAGAAGCACUUAGACCUCUAUAGUGGCCACUAAUUUUCAACCCCUUAAGGGGCCACUAAUUUGACUUCUUUAGUGGCCACUAAGAAAUUUCCCAGUUUCAACAGUUUUUUUUCAAGCGCUCUUAUGGAGAAUUCAAAUGAUUGGUUCCUGAUUUUGCGACUACUUCAUCUGCUUUUUUUCAAAAAUGAUUUAUCCAUGGAGCGCAGAUGAAAUCAUAUUUUGGCCAUUUUUGCAUCCAAAUCCCUCCACUAACUUUUCCAUGUACCCAUGUCUAACUUGAUCAGAAACUUUCACCUUCCCGUUCUGUAUUUUUAUAACUACCGGUUUGAGAGUGUUCCUUUUUUUAACUUCCUAAAUUUAAUACGGUGUGAUCUUCACCUGUAAACGUUAUAAUAAUCGACUUGCAUGAAUUUUCAAAACGAUACACAAAAUUUUUAUGACCUUUUUUGGCCAAUACGAAAUUUUUAUGGCCUUACCAGGAAGUUCCUUCUGUAGAGCUUGUCUAAAAAAAUCAAAUAUAAUUAUUCCUACCGGAAUUUUCGAUUUUUAUUCAUCUAGGAGCAACAUUAGUUAUAUAAGAUAGUCUAAAAAAAUAUUCUAAAUAAACUAUCAGACUCUCGAGAGUCAUUAUUAGAUUUUUGUGGAAAUGAGCUAAAAAAAUGGCAGAAAAAAAUGACCUCUUUUUUUCAAAUUCCUUUUUUUCCCUCGAACCGGUAGUUAUCCUCAUGAUUCUCACUGAUUGAUUUCAAAUUUUUACCGGUUUUCAAUCUUCAGGAGGUCACCCCAAAUACGCCGAUCACAGAAGUAAGAAUUCUAUCGUGGUGGUACCUGUGUUGGUGUAUUGUUUUUAUUUAUUUAUUCAUUUUAUUCAUUGUUAUCAAUUAAAAAAAAAAAGAAAAUAAGAAAAAAAAAGAGUUUCCAAGUCUAAAAGUUGAUUUUUUCUUGGAAUUUUUGGCUGCUUACUAACGCUUUUUUGAUUUUGAAUGAACUAUCAUUUUUUUAUCAUGUUGCUAAGGGGGUUCAAAUUUCAACUGUUUUGGUUUGUCCGUUUUUUGCAUUUUUUUUUUAUUCUUGAUCGGAAAAAAUCAAGGUCAUAAUUCAAAAAAUAUACCCAUAGGAAAUUGUUUCCUCUAAGCAUCCUAGCAGACUGAUAAUGAACUAACUUUCCCUUUUUUUUAAAGUUAUCCUGAUUGGAACAGAAGGGAAUUACAGAUUAUGGUUCCCGUUGGUAAAUUGAUUGUUGGAAAAAUCAGCGAUCCCCCUGAGGCUUGUCAGAAAUUGCUCAAGGAGCAUCGAUUGGGUAAGAAAUCCUCUGAUUUUUUUCGAUUUCUAAGGUUCAAAAAAAGAUUUUUAAAAGGAAAAAUAGUCUCUAUAAAUAAUAAUUUUUAGGUAAAUUGCCGAUUGUGAAUGACGACAAUGAGCUGAUCGCCCUUUUGUGUCGUUCCGAUUUGCUGAAGGUAUGUUUUGAAAGCUUAUUUUGUGAUUCCAGUGGUUUGAAAAUGAACUUUUUUUUUCUAAAAAACGUUUUGUAUGUCAAGCGAGCGCUACCAAAAUAAUUUUCUGCUUAGAAUUUUUUUCAAAUUAAAUAUAAUAAUAAAUAUAAAUUUCCAGCAAGUUUCGUCAAAUUAGUUUCCCUCUUGUAGAGAUCCAUUCCAAAUGCGGUUGGAGCCUCAUUAGAUGGAAAUAAAUUUUGUAACUGACCUUAUUAGUUUAAAAUUUGUCUCAACAGAUUCAGAAAAAGUUGGCAAAGUCACGAAAAAAGUACAACUGAAAAAAACUGAAAUAAGAAAAAUAAGAAUCUUUUUCAAAGAAAAAAACCAGCAUUAUUUUUGUAGGUUUUGACAGCAUUAUCUGUAAAUUUCAGGGGUCUAAAAUCUGUUAAUUUUAAGUUUUUAAGUGAGGAUUAAGCUAUAAUUGAACGUAAGUCUACGUUCGAAACUUGAAAGCUAUAGAGCACUGAAAAGCAAGAGAGCGUUCAGAAAAAAAAAAUUCAGCUUUAUCAUUUUUCAACGUUUUCUAGCUUGAACGAUUCGAAUGUAGACUCUCGGGAAUUCUCCUUUCAAAAUUGAUUGAUGGAAUAGUGGAUCUAUUUUUUUUUCAAGGCUCGUGACUAUCCCAAUGCCUCCUACGAUUCUUCGGGACAGUUGCUCUGCGGAGCCGCAGUGAACACGCGCGAAGAAUCGCGUCAUACGGUGGAUUUGCUCGUCGAAGCCGGCGUCGACCUCAUCGUCAUUGUACGGAACUUUUUCUCUUUUGAUUUGGUUAAUAUAUCUGGAUAGUAUUAGAAAAGAACAGUAGGAGAUAAUCACAGGAGACCCUCGAGGCAUAAAUAGCAAGACAUUUUAAUUUUCAGAGCUUUUUCAAGAAAAAAUAUAAAUUAUUCAUACUAUCAACCGAUUCAACAAGGCUAUCAGUACCAAGAAGGAUUAAAAAUUAUCACAGGAGUCCUCGAAAUUUAUAUUUAUAUAUAUAUAUAGUCUGUGUACGACUCUAAAUUUUACGGAACGACAUUUCGCUGUUCCGCUGCGUGCGUUCGCGAAGCGUCUUUCGAAUCUAGGUCACGCUUUCAUUUUAUUGUUAUUACAGCACAUGAAAGCAUAGUACCUUAAUAAAAGAAGAAAAAAAAAAUUAAAAGCGCGGCCAAGGUUCGCAAAGGCGCGCAGCGGCCCAGCGGAACGUCGUUAUGUGAAAAUCCAAGUCGUGGUACACAGGCUAUCAUAUCAAAAAAUCUAUCAAUUUACACCCGCCAUAAAAAAUUAGGAAGCAAUCCCAGAAGCCCUUCAAGCGUUCAUAAAAAGAAAUUUAGAUAUUCAAAAUUUUCGCAGGGCAUCUGUAAUUUAUAAAAACUGGAAGCUUUGGAAGGUGAAUAAUUAUUUCAAAAAAUAGGGGCGAGAUUGCAAAUCAAGUUUAAUAACGUUUAGGACUCCUCGAACGGCUCGUCGACCUACCAGAUUGAUAUGCUUCAGUGGAUCAAGAAACAGCACCCAAAUAUUGAAGUCGUCGCUGGAAAUGGUUUUCCAAUCGAAUUAGGGGAAAAAAGAACCAUUUUUGUUAUUCAGUUGUGACCCGACAGCAAGCCAAAGUAUUGAUCGAUGCUGGGGCUGAUGGACUUCGCGUUGGAAUGGGCAGCGGAUCGAUAUGCAUCACUCAAGAUAGUCAGUGGACCGGAAAUUCAGAAAAAUAUGAUUCUGGAAGAACUAAAAUUUCGUUUUUUUCUAUACUGAAAGUUUCCAGGAAAAUUAUUUUGAAAAUAAUAAAAAAAGGGGGUUUUUACUUUUUUUGUUCAGUGGUUUUAUUGACGAUUUUUUUCGAAGUUAAAAAAAAGAGCAGCUGUGAUCAUGAUCAUUUUCAGAAAGGAACCUCUAGAGAAAUUUGAAAAAGUGUGUUUUUUGUUCAGGUAGCCUUUAACCCUCGACCUCAAACUUUUGGUAGGAACUUUUUGAAUCUAAUCUUUUUAUAAACUGUUCUCCUUUUCUAAAAUUUUUCUAAUACACCUUAGGUCAUCUAGAUUUAUAUCUAUAAAAUCUUUUUCAUGACUUUAAUUAAGAAAAAUCCUAUUUUUGCAGUCAUGGCGGUGGGUCGAGCUCAAGGAACAGCCGUCUACGACGUCUCCCGCUACGGAAGAAGCCGCGGAGUUCCGAUCGUGGCCGAUGGAGGCAUCCGUGACGUCGGCUACAUCACCAAGGCUCUGGCCUUGGGAGCCUCAGUUGUGAUGAUGGGAGGACUUUUGGCAGCUACAACGGAGGUCCGCUUUUGGCUGAGCUUGAGUUGAAGAACUUGCGGAAACGACUUUUAAAUGACUAGUCAAAAGAUAAAGGAAUAAUAAUGUUCCAGCAAUCGUAAACUUACAGCCUUUGAAAGUAAAAUUGGUGAAAAUACUCUUUCAGAUGAGUCCAGAAAGUGUUAUCCAACUAAUACAUUUGAACAUUUAAUUUUCCUACGGUUAUUUUGGAUUUUGAGGCGCCUGGCGAGUAUUUUUGGGGACCGGGUGGCGUUCGUGUCAAGAAAUACCGUGGAAUGGGUUCUUUGGACGCCAUGGAAGCCCAUGCCUCCAGUCAGGAUCGUUAUUUCACUGCGUACGAAAAUCGAAUCGAUUUUAAUAUUCCUCAAAAUUCAGUGAAUCCGAUCAGAUCAAAGUCGCCCAGGGAGUUUCGGCCACCAUGAAAGAUCGCGGGUCUUGUCAUAAGGUACUUAGAAAAAAAUCAGAGGUCAUGGAAAAUGAACAUUUUUCAGUUCAUUCCAUAUUUGGUUCGCGGCGUUCAGCACGGCUUCCAGGAUAUUGGCGUCCGCAGCGUCACGGAGCUUCAGUUCGUGGAUUUAAUAUCAAUUUUUCCAGUAAUUCAGUAUUCUAAAAGUUUCUAGAAACGUUUUUGUUACAUUUUCUUAUAAGUACUUUCCGCGUGAGUUCAAACUUUUUUACAGAAAUUUUCCUUGAAGAUGAGGAUCUUUCACUGUUUCUCCAGAAAAAUUUCGGAACUUUUAGAACUCUUGUUGUACAAGCUCAGGCUUGCAGAAAUUUUUUUUUUAAUUUGAAAAAUAAUAUCUUCACAACCUUAACACAGUAUUCGAGAAAGUUAUGAAAAAAUUUGAAAAUUCGCUAAAAUGCACUUCCAAACAGAAGUGGGCAAGAGCAGAACUUGUUCAGACAGGAAGGAAGGGUUGGCUUACAAGAAUUUUGAAAAAUUCGGAAUAAAAUUGAGUUUCAACCACAGAGAGGCGGUUUUGGCCACAAAAAUACAAGUUUAGCCUCAGGGAGGUAGUAUUAGCUUUAAUUUAGAAAAACAUGAGGGGAGGGGUCGGUGGUUUAUUGAAAAUGCUUGCCCAUAUAUGCUUCCAAUUUUUGAAAAAAAAAAGUCUGGCUAGCCAGAUUGAACCGGUAAAUUUUUCAGAAUAGAGCAGUGCUUACAAGAGAGGUCAUUUUAGUUUGCGGUUGGGAUUUUUCUGAAAAUUGGCCAGAAGACUUCUUGAUGUACCAGAAGAUGAUGCUGAAAGUCUCAACCUGCAAAACUUUCUACUUUUCGAGAAAAGACGCUGCAAGAACAAAGAAAAUGCUAUGAAAAUAAACUAUUUUGAGGCUUUAGACCCUUAUUUCUUGAGAACUAGGAAGUUGUGCAGGUUAAGACUUUCAGAAUCUUCUUCUGGUACAUCAAGGAGUGUUCUAGACGAUUCUCAGAAAGUUCCCAACCGCAAAGUAAAAUAAAAUUCCCUUUAAGUUACUUUUUUCCAAAAGUCUCUUUUUUCCUAACAGAAAUUCUUGCAGUGACAAGGUUGCUGGAGGCGACAUUCGGUUCGAACGUCGUUCGACCAACGCUCAACUCGAAGGAGGCGUCCAUUCGCUUCAUUCGUAA